AUGCCGCUCCCAAUUAAGGAGACAGUCGCGCGUUUCGCCAUCUCCAAGCUCUUGGUGCUAUCCUACGUAAUCGACUGGGUCUUCAUCAUCGGCAUUGCCUUGAUUGGCUAUGGUUUCUAUAGACAAGGGCCAAACCAGCACGCCUUCAGUCUCACAGACCCAACCAUUAGCUUCCCCCAGCACGAUGAGACAGUAACUACCACAACGCUCAUCCUCGUCGGACUCUUCGCCCCGGCCGUUCUGAUCUUCCUGAUCUCCUGGAUCAUCGUCCCGGCCAACGCCAGUAUGCACGGAGUGGGAUCAAGAUCACCCGUGCAGUACAUCCGUCGCAAGUUCUGGGAUUGGAACGUCGGCUGGAUGGGACUGGCGCUGGCUGUGGCGAGCGCCUGGACCGCUACGCAGGGGCUGAAGGUGCUGGUUGGUAAACCGCGCCCGGAUCUACUGGCACGCUGUAAUCCGGAUCUCUCGCGGAUUGCGGAGUUCACGGUGGGUGGACUGGGGGAUCAAGUCCGCGGUGCAGCGACUUUGGUCUCAUGGGAGAUAUGCCGGGACCGUUCGAAUUCAUUGCGGAUUGACGGUUUCGCCAGUUUUCCCAGUGGACACUCUUCUUUCUCCUUCGCCGGCCUACUCUACCUGACUCUUUGGCUGUGUUCAAAAUUCUCAGUCGGAUUCCCGUAUCUGCCUCAGUUCCCAGUCGAAGAUCAGAGCUAUAGUAACGACCAAUCAUCCGUGCGAACUCGCGGCGCCGCACCGCCGACCUAUCUAAUGCUGCUAGCAUUCUUCCCAACCGCGACAGCAACCUUCAUCGCCGCGUCGCGGUGGUUCAAUUACCGCCACCACGGGUUCGACAUCUUGUUCGGGUCUGCGAUCGGAAUCUUCUUCGCAUACAUCGGCUUCAACAUGUAUCACCUCCCGAUCAGACGCGGAGCUGGUUGGGCAUGGGGAGCGAGAAGUCGCGGACGCGCCUUCAUUCGUGGUGUAGGCUUCCCAAGCUCACUCGGAACGGACGGUUGGGCGUUCGAUGCGCGCAAUGCCACGGGACCCGCGGAUGUAGAGAACGCGCCGGGGAUGCAGCAUGCGCCCUACGGACACGCAAAGCCCAGCAGCGCGGAGGGCGCUAGGCUCGAGGCUUAA